AUGACCGACAAACCCAUCGACGAGAAGAUGGCUGAUGCCGAAUUCAAGGAGGUAGCUCCUGAGUCUUAUCGCAUCACACCGCAACAGAUCCAAACUCGCUUCGAGCUACUUCGAAAUCUGAGCGAAGAGCAGAUGGCAGCACUGAACAAAAAACUUGUCAGGAAACUUGACUGGAGACUGAUGCCAUGUAUCACAGUCAUGUUCUUAAUGAACUACCUCGAUCGAAUCAACGUCUCGAAUGCGCGUCUUGCUGGUCUGCAAAAGGACUUGAACAUGAACGACACCAUAUGGAACACCGGCAUCUCCACCUUCUACGUUGGAUACUUGGUCGGCCAGCUUCCCGGUAACCUCUGGCUUGCGAAGGCGGAUCCCAGGUGGUUUUUGCCCUCCAUGAUGAUGGCUUGGAGUAUUGCAACAAUUUGCAUGCCAGCAAUGACCUCUGGUGCCGGCUUCGCCGUCUGCCGAUUCUUCAUCGGACUCAGCGAAGCGCCCUUCUUUCCUGGUAUUACUCUGAAAGAGAACCCCAUGCGAAUGGCCAUCUGGCACGCUGGAAAUACCAUGUCGAACAUCCUAUCCGGUUUCCUUGCCGCUGGUAUUCUCACCAACAUGGAUGACGUGCUCGGUCUCCAUGCGUGGCAGUGGUUCUUCAUCAUCGAGGGCGCUGCAUCGAUCCUUGUAGCCGCAGUCGCUUACAUUUUGCUUCCUUCAUGGCCCCACAACACCAGGUGGCUCACACCGGAAGAGUCUGAAAUGGCCCAAUACCGUGUCCAAGUGUCCAACGGUGGCGUUGAUGAGGUCUUGGGAGGAACAUGGGACGGCGUCAAAGAUGCAGCCAGAGACCCCUUCACGUGGCUCUUCUGCUUAAUGCAUUUCGCUCUGGUCACCGCUCAGAGCUUCAAGGACUUCCUGCCAUCGAUCAUGAGCACAUUCCACUUUGACAAGCUCACUACCUACCUCGUUCAGGCUCCUCCUUACGCCAUUGCUUACGCAGUGGCCUGCGGUCUAGCUUACACUUCCGGACGUUUCCAAGAAUCCUGCUACCACAUUGUUAUCCCAAUCCUCUUCAGUGCAGCCGGAUGUAGCAUGCUUAUUGCAACACUGAACGUCGGUGCUCGUUACUUCGGUCUUAUCCUACUCAUCAGCGGCACCUACUCCGGCCUAAACUUGCAACUCAGCUGGGAGACCACACUUGUGCCUGCGCCUAGGAGUAAGAAGGCAGCGCUUAUUGCUAUUGCCAACUGCAUCAGUCAGACGAGCCAUUGGUUCAGCCCAUACUUCUUCCCGACAUCGCAGGAGCCAUUCUACCGUCUUGGCGGUGGCUUGAUCCUGUUUGGAUGCGUGGCUUGUGUGGUGUCUGCCAUGCUGGUCAAGAUGAGGGCGAAGGCGCUGAACAAGAAGCUUGAUGAGGCUGAAGGCUGGUCUGAACACACUGGUGUUGAACGGGGAUGGAGACAUGUGUAUUAA